AUGGCAGUAGCCAUGGCACAUGUGUCACAAAUUCCCGUACCCUCACCGCCAUACACCAGCCGGGCAAAGGUGCAGGGAUGGGAGGAUCAGAUCGUUCCCACAUUGAAGCGAAGGCUGGAAGCCGAGUCUGCCUACAUAUCCCAUCGCCUCUCAACCCAUUCCUUCGCAGACGCCGAGUCGAGUUCUUCCUACAGUACCACAGCACCAGCGACUUCACUUGCUUUCCCUCGACCUACCUCUCCUGAGUAUCAACCACAGCAAGGACCUUCUAGUCCUCGUCAGCGACUCAAAUCAACCCCUCUAUCCCUUGCCACUAAAUUACCCACUCCGACCGGAGAUGAUGUCCGUCCUCGACCCACACGUCGACCCUCCGCGAGUCCGAGCUCUACUUCUUCAUCACCUAAUCCGUCUCAAAUUCCGUCAAGAAUACCCACUCGGCCUCGAUCCAAGUCUCAAUUGGGACCUCGUCCACCUCGGAACACUUCCACGCCACCUCCUCCCCUACCAUCUCAUUCCAGCCCGUCCAGACCACUCGCACGAACCCCUUCUGCUUCUCCUGGUGCAUCCCCAGGAGGUCGAGUAUCACCGGAUCUGAAUCUGACCAUUCGGGAGGGUUUCAUCAAGAAUGAGCUACCUCCCUUCAAACUUCAUCGCGAAGAAGCAAUGCGUAUAGCGGAGAAAGGGCACGAGCUGUUGGAUGAUGAUUGGGAUGCAGCUAGCAUAGAUGACAUGUCACCCGACGCCGACAGCUCUUUCCCCCCUAACCAGCGUAGCAGCAUGGAGAUAGAUCAGGGAAGGGAGACGAGGAAGAGAGCGUCAUCAAUGGCAGGCUCCACUGGCCCAGUGCCGGACAGAUACAAGGCGUCUCAACUCCCUCGACUGGUCGGUCAAAAGGGUGUGGGGCUCGGUCAACCAGGUCGAAAGGCUGGACCAUCUGGAACAUCUCGAGCGGUCACACAGGCAAGACUCCGAAAUGCUCCACUGAACUCAUCCACGGGUAGUGGAGCCAGAUCGGCGUCCGCAAACGUCUUGGGCAGCUCGACAAGCUCUGCACAAGGUAUUGGAGGAUCACGAUUGGGUGUGGCUGCACAUUUCAUUCCCCCGGAAAACAGCUACACACCUCCAAAAGGACAAAGAUGGGAUGAUGUGGUGUUACCGACCGUGGCGAAGAAGUUGGGGUUGGUUGGUGAUAGUGAGGACUAUAUGGAAGGUGGGGAGGGUGAUCUGGCGGUGGAAUGGGAUAAAGAUGGUAUUCCUGUGAGAUGGGUCAAGGUGGUUGCUAGGGAUAAAGACAGGGAUCGUCUAGAGGUGUCUACCAAACCAUUAGACGAACCUCCCACUCCUCUAUCAUCAUCAUUCGAAAGUCCCGAUCAUCCUCUUCGGCACACCUCCCCCGAACGUAUCCGCCCCAAACACAGCGGCUCCUUCACACCAAUACGUACGACACAUGGUCCUCAUACAUCGUUCGACCCUCCUCUUUCCCCUGCACCAUUCUCAUCCCUCGGUCCUUCAAUCCAUCAACACUCACCAUCCGAACAUACGACAUCAUCAGGAAUCAGUCGUAAACCUUCUUUACUAAAGAAAACCCCUACACCUCAAUCCUCGCUCAACACCCUGAGAGGAGCAGCAGGAGCGUUUUCUGGAGGAAGAGGGGGUAUGGGAGAGUUUGAAAUGUUUUCAAACCCACGUCCGAGUCCUAAACCCGGGACCAACUAUGGUCAAAGUGGAUAUGGAAGACCAUCAUCUACUUCUGGAAGAGGAGGUUCUGGUGUUUAUUCACAAGGACCUUGGCCGACUCCUUCAACACCAGGUACGACACAUCAAUUACAUGAGAUGAUAUAUUCCAAGAAUCAUAGAAGAGAGGGAACGUAUGGACAGUCUUUGGUACAGGGUCAAGGACAGGAAGGGGGUAGGGAGAAGAAUAGAGGAUGCGGAUGUGUUAUCAUGUAA